CUAGGACCCGGGGGCGGGGCGUGACAUGAAAAUCUUCUUCUAUGUGUUGUGGUAACUCAGGAGUCCGGUGAAGACGGUAACGGAACCCUGAAGCCCAGAGAACCGGAGUCAUGAGGGCCGUGCCCACCUGGGUGGAUAAAGUCCAUGACAGGGACAAGGUGGAGCAGUGCAUUUAUGACCUCGCCUUUAAACCUGAUGGGACUCAGCUGAUUGUGGCCGCAGGGAACAAAGUGCUGGUCUAUGACACAUCAGACGGGACUUUGCUGCAGCCAUUGAAGGGACACAAGGACACGGUGUACUGUGUGGCGUACGCUAAAGAUGGAAAGCGAUUUGCUUCAGGAUCUGCUGAUAAAAGUGUCAUCAUAUGGACGUCCAAACUGGAAGGAAUAUUGAAGUAUACGCACAAUGAUUCCAUCCAGUGUGUGUCUUACAACCCGAUGACCCACCAGCUGGCGUCCUGCUCCUCCAGUGAUUUCGGUCUUUGGUCUCCAGAGCAGAAGUCGGUUUCCAAACACAAAGUGAGCAGUAAGAUCACCUGCUGCAGCUGGACAAAUGACGGACAGUACCUCGCCCUGGGGAUGUUCAAUGGAGUCGUAAGCAUCAGGAACAAGAAUGGUGAGGAGAAAGUGAAAAUUGAGCGACCUGGAGGAUCUCUGUCACCAAUCUGGUCCAUCUGCUGGAAUCCUUCAAAGGACGAGCACAAUGACAUCUUGGCUGUGGCGGACUGGGGACAGAAAUUAUCCUUUUACCAGCUAAGCGGAAAGCAGGUUGGGAAGGACAGAUCCCUGGGCUGUGAUCCCUGCUGUGUCAGCUACUUCUCUAAAGGUGAAUAUAUCAUCCUGAGCGGCUCUGACAGACAGGUGUCUCUCUUCACAAAGGACGGGGUACGGCUGGGCACUAUUGGGGAGCAGAACUCCUGGGUGUGGACGUGCAAAGUCAAACCUGAUUCCAACUAUGUGGUCGUUGGGUGUCAGGAUGGGACUCUUUCUUUCUACCAGCUGAUUUUCAGCACAGUGCAUGGACUCUACAAGGACAGAUAUGCCUUCAGGGACUGCAUGACCGAUGUUAUAGUCCAGCAUCUCAUCACUGAGCAGAAAGUGAGGAUUAAGUGCCGGGAGCUGGUGAAGAAGAUUGCCAUCUAUAAGAACAGGCUGGCCAUUCAGAUGCCCGAGAAGAUCUUGAUUUAUGAGCUCUAUUCUGAAGAUGCCGCUGACAUGCACUACCGGGUCAAAGAAAAAAUUAUCAAAAAGUUUGAAUGUAAUUUGCUUGUGGUUUGCUCGCAGCAUGUUAUCCUAUGCCAGGAGAAGCGUUUGCAGUGCUUGUCCUUCAAAGGUGUGAAGGAGAGAGAGUGGAUGAUGGAGUCUUUAAUUCGGUACAUAAAGGUGAUUGGAGGCCCUCCAGGAAGAGAAGGCUUGUUAGUGGGACUGAAAAAUGGACAGAUCCUGAAGAUCUUUGUGGACAACCUAUUUGCCAUCACCUUACUGAAGCAAUCAACAUCCGUCCGCUGCUUGGACAUGAGCGCCACCCGCAACAAGCUCGCCGUGGUGGAUGAGAACAACACGUGUCUGGUGUAUGAUAUCACAACCAAGGAGCUGCUGUUUCAGGAGCCCAACGCAAACAGUGUAGCCUGGAACACCCAGUGCGAGGACAUGUUGUGUUUUUCUGGAGGAGGAUACCUCAACAUUAAAGCCAAUAACUUCCCUGUCCACCAGCAGAAGCUUCAGGGGUUUGUGGUGGGGUACAACGGCUCCAAAAUCUUCUGUCUACACGUCUACUCCAUGUCUUCUGUUGACGUCCCACAGUCUACUCCAAUGUAUCAGUACCUGGAGAGGAAGAUGUUCCGUGAGGCCUAUCAGAUUGCCUGCCUAGGGGUCACCGAUCUGGACUGGAGGGAGUUGGCCAUGGAAGCUUUGGAAGGCCUUGAUUUUGAGACUGCGAAGAAGGCAUUUAUACGCAUAAGAGAUCUUCGCUACCUGGAACUCAUCAAUAGUAUUGAGGAAAGGAAAAAGCGAGGAGAUUCCAACGACGACUUAUUUUUGGCAGAUGUGCACGCCUAUGAGGGCAAGUUCCAUGAGGCCGCCAAACUGUACAAGAGAGGAGGACAGGAGAGCCGAGCCCUCAACAUGUAUACUGACCUGCGCAUGUUUGACUACGCCAAGGAUUUCUUGGGAUCUGGGGACCCAAAAGAGACUAAGACUCUAAUCACGAAGCAGGCGGACUGGGCCCGGAAUAUCCGUGAACCAAAAGCGGCAGCGGAGAUGUAUCUGUCAGCUGGAGAGCACAUGAAAGCCAUAGAGCUGAGCGGGGACCACGGCUGGGUGGAGAUGUUGAUCGAUAUAGCGAGGAAGCUGGACAAAGCCGAGAGAGAGCCGCUGUCACGGUGCGCUUACUAUUUCAAAAAGCUGCAGCAUCAUGGCUAUGCGGCCGAGACGUACAUGAAGAUUGGGGAUCUGAAGGCGCUGGUCCUGCUGCAUGUGGAGACGCAGCACUGGGAGGAGGCAUUUGCUUUAGUAGAGAAAUAUCCAGAAUAUAAGGAUGAGGUCUACGUUCCAUACGCGCAGUGGCUGGCAGAAAAUGACCGGUUUGAGGAAGCGCAGAAAGCCUUCCACAAAGCUGGUCGCCAGGAUGAAGCUGUCAGGGUACUGGAGCAGCUUACCCACAAUGCCGUAGUGGAGAGCAGAUUUAACGACGCAUCGUAUUAUUACUGGAUGCUGUCUAUGCAGUGCCUCGAUAUUGCACAAGAUAAUGAGGAGAAGCAGGAUGCCAUGCUGCACAAGUUUCACUAUUUCCAGCAUCUGGCCGAACUUUAUCAUGUCUACCACUCCAUCCAGAGAUACACCGAUGAACCGUUCAGUUCUCACUUACCAGAAACCUUGUUCAAUAUCGCCAGGUUCCUGCUGCACAGUCUGACCAAAGAAAGUCCUCUGGGCAUAUCCAAGGUGAACACUUUGUACACAUUGGCCAAACAGAGCAAGGCCCUGGGCGCUUAUAAACUUGCCCGGCAUGUGUAUGAGAGACUCCAAGGCCUCCGAAUUCCCAGCAAAUUCCAGGAGCCCAUUGAGCUGGGAAUUCUCACUAUCCGUUCCAAGCCGUUCCAUGACAGUGAGGAGCUCGUCCCCAUGUGUUACCGAUGCUCAACCAACAAUCCUUUCCUGAACAACCUGGGGAACGUCUGCAUCAACUGCAGGCAGAGGUUUAUCUUCUCUGCAUCCUCCUAUGAAGUGCUGCCUCUGGUGGAAUUUUACCUGGAAGAAGGGAUCUCAGAUGACGAGGCCACGUCCCUCAUUGACCUGGAAGCCCCAAGAAGUCAACCCAGUAAAGACAGGUGGCAGGAGAUGUCCUCGGCGGAGGCGCAGACCCUGCGGCUGGACGAGGACGAACCGAUCCUGGACGACGACCCCUUCACAGCAAAACUAAGUUUCGAGCAAGGCGGCUCAGAGUUCAUCCCUGUGAUAGUGAACCGCGCCGUGCUGAGGUCCAUGAGCCGGCGGGACAUCAUGGUGAAGCGUUGGCCGAGGCCCUUGAAAUGGCAGUAUUACCGCUCCCUGCUCCCCGAUGUCUCCAUCACCAUGUGCCAGUCCUGUUUCCAGAUGUUCCACACAGAAGACUAUGAACUUCUCGUCCUUCAGCACAACUGUUGCCCAUACUGCCGGAAACCCAUCGAAGAGACCACCCAGUGAUGAGGGCAAGAGCGCCCCCCGGCCCCUACCAGCCAGCGCCGUACAGCAGAGCUGAAUAUGUUUAUUAAUAUUCUAUAUAAAUUAUUAAAUCAUUUCUACAAG